AUGCCAAAGAACACCCCAGCGCCUGAUGAGCCCGUCGUCACCUUCAGCUCAGGCUCCAACGCACCGGUUGCCCUGCGUCUUCUCCACCUCAACGAUGUUUAUCACUUAGAACCUGCGAGCGCUGAGCCGGUGGGCGGUGUUGCUCGCUUCAUCACUGCCGUCAACGAGUACCGAAGCCACGAACGCUACCAGGGCCAGCCCGAGCUAGUGACUCUAUUUUCGGGUGAUGUCUUCAACCCUAGUCUCGAAAGUUCCGUCACAAAAGGCGAGCACAUGGUCCCAGUGCUCAACAAGAUCGGCGUUGACUGCACUUGCGUUGGUAACCAUGACUUUGACUUUGGAGUCAAGCAAUUUGAGCACUUGACCGCCAAGUGCAACUUUCCCUGGCUUCUCGCCAAUGUCCUUGACCCGGCUCUGGGCAAGAAUGUACCUCUCGGACAUGCCAAGCACACGCACAUGAUCACAUCAUCCAAUGGAAUCAAGAUUGGUCUCCUCGGUCUCGGCGAAAGAGAAUGGCUAGAGACGAUCAAUAGCUUGCCGCCAAACAUCAUCUACAAGUCGGCCAGCGAGACAGCCAAGGAAUUGGUACCGCAGCUCCGGGCCCAGGGUGCCGACAUCAUCAUCUGUCUCAGUCAUCAGCGUGAGCCAAACGACAACAAGCUUGCUGAGAAGACCGAAGGUCUCAUUGACAUAAUCCUGGGCGGGCACGACCAUUACUACGCUCAUAGCUUCGUCAAUGGCACGCACGUGCUCCGAUCCGGCUCCGACUUUAAACAGCUCAGUUACAUCGAGGUUCGAAAAAAGGAGGAUGGUUCAGGAAAGUGGGACUUUGACAUUCUACAGCGCGACAUCGUUUCCUCCAUCGCGGAAGAUCAGGAGACACUAAAGCUUACUGAAGACCUUACCUCCAAGCUGAAACACAGCCUGGCCAAGUCUGUAGGCUGGACAGCCUCACCGUUGGAUGCGAGGUUCAGCACCGUCCGGAUGAAGGAGAGCAACAUGGGAAAUUUCGUUUGCGACGUCAUGAGACAUUACCACAACGCCGAUUGUGCCCUGAUGGCAGCCGGCACAAUCCGUGGCGACCAGAUUUAUCCUCCCGGCGCGAUCAGGGUCAGGGAUAUCACCAACUGCUUUCCCUUUGAGGAUCCCGUCAUCUUUAUCAGAGUCACUGGCCAGCAGCUCUGGGAUGCCUUGGAAAAUGGCGUAUCCCAGUACCCAGCACAAGAAGGCCGAUUCCCGCAAGUAUCCAACAUCGAGUACACCUUCGACCCCAGCAAGCCGGCGGGCUCCCGUAUUGUAGCAGCGACUCUCGGGGGCGGCCCGAUAGAACCGGAAAAGAAGUACACACUCGCAACGCGAGGCCUACUCGUCGAGCCCGAGGGCGGAACCGCCGAGGAGAUUGUCUGCGAAGAGAACGGCAUUCUCAUCUCCGCCAUGUUGCGCCAGUACUUUAUGAGCCUUCGCACAGUUGGUCAAUGGAAGAACCUCAGCGAACACUGGGUCAAGGUCGCCGAGAAGUGUCACAGUCCAGUCGAGCCCCGGAAGAUGUGGGAGACGCCGGCGGAGACGGGCACCUCUGACCCUAAGCCAAAAGUCGAGUCAAAGUCGUGGGCCGAGUGGAUGGUCAAGAGACAUGCCCUGAACAUCAAGCCUCCCAAGGAUGACUCCGACGAAGAGGUUGACUCUGAGGAUGAAGUGGAUAGUGUCGCUCAGAUUGACAUGGAGAUGCUCAUUAUGCGUAAGUUCUUCGCUAGAUGGGCAAGCAAGGCGGGAGUCAAAGCUGAGGUAUGUGACCCUCUGCAUGAGGGGGAGUUCACGGUCGACUGGACCCGUGUCAUUGCACCUGUUCUAGAGGGACGCAUCAAGAUGAUCAGUUAG